AUGGCCAGCACGGGAAUAGUGCUGGUCCUGGUGGCCCACAAUGGAAAGACGCUGCAGCUGGACGUCGCUGCGCAGACGAGGGUGGACGCGGUCCAGCAGGCGCUGGUGUCGUUCACGGGCGUCGCGGUCGGGGACCAGAUCCUGAUGUGCCACGGAGCCCGGCUGGACCCCGCAAAGCCGCUGUCGGCGUACAAGCUGCCCGUGCGGCGCGUUAGGCUCGGCGCACGCCAGCAGCGCCCCGCCCAUAGCGCCGUGGGCGCCCCAUCCCCGCCCGAGACCCUCAUCUCGUCGGCGCGCGGCGCCCGCUUUCUCGCCUCGACCCAUUACAUGCAGCUUGACCCGGCUGCGGCGGAGGACCAGCCCGUCUUCCUGUAUCACAAGGCGUUCCUUCGGCCGGGCGCCAAGCCGCCCCCGCCGGAGCCCGUCCCCCAGAUCGCCGUGCAAGUGCCCCAGCUCGCCCCUGUGACGCUGCGCCACCCCCUGGAGGCGGCGCACAGCCCCCUGGUGCGGGCCCUGCCCGAAUACGAACGCCAGUUCGAACAGCAGCUGGUGGAGGCGCGGGCCUACUGGGAGACGAGCAGGCAGCGCAUGCACUGGUGCGCGCGCGGGCGCCGGGGUGCGGGUUUGCGGGGGCGUGGGGCGCGGGGCGCGGGGCGGCAGGGUGUGAAAAGGGAGGGUGGCACGCCACCGCGCGUGUCCUGGGCGGGUGACCUGUGA